AUGGCGCUCUCUUCGUUUCCGCUGAUUAAUCCCUCUACUUCUUCUUCUUCUUCUUCCCACUCUCUCUAUUUCCUUCUUCUCCACUCCCAGCCCCACUUCUCUAAUCCUUGUAGAGCUCUUAAAUUCAGAGUUUCCUCUUCUUACCGGUCGGCCCAAGUUGACACCCAGCAACACCCCCAACGCGUCAAAAAGGUAGCUUUUGAAAUCACUAAGAAGAAGAAUAGAAAACCCAAGCCAAGCUUUUUAGAGCAAAUCCGGGAUAAAUGGUCUACGAAACUUGGCUCUCCGAGAGAGAAAUUUCCAUGGCAAGAACAGCAGGAACAAGAAAGAAUAGAUGAUGAUGGUGGUAGUGAUGCAGAGGAAGAGGCUGAGAUAAAAGUUGAUGGUAAAGCAGCAUCAAAGGGUGACCACCCAGUGGGGCUUGGUAUGCAAAGGAGAUUGAUUUCGGCUCCUUGGUCUCAUGGAACCAAAACCCACAGCCGAAAUUUUAAUGGGUUCGAAGAGCAUUGUGAUAAUCGUGUUGCCAAUAGUGUUGAAAAAGCUCAAACUUUUGAGCAAGUUGAUCGUAAUUCUGGGUUUCAAAGAGAAUUCGAUGCAAAAAGUGACUCGGUUUCUAAGGGGGAUUGGAAAGCGGAGGAAAAAACUAUGUCUGUAGACGGAAAUGGCGUUUCUUUGAGUGAAAUGUCCUCUGAGGAUGCCAAGGAUGUCCUUGACGUGGUGCAUUACCAUUUGGAUUCUAGCCAUUCAGCUGGUGAACCUUCAAAGAGAAGAGCGAAAUUGGAUUAUGCGGAAGGAAAAAAAGGGAGUUGCAGGAGGAAAAGCAACACGGACUUGGCAGAGCAAAUGGUUCCGGAGCACGAGUUGCAAAGACUGAGGAAUGUUUCUUUGAGAAUGCUGGAGAGAAUUAAAGUGGGAGUUAAAGGUAUUACCGGGGAAUUGGUAGAAACCAUUCAUGAGAAGUGGAAGUUGGACGAAGUGGUGAAGUUGAAGUUUGAAGAGCCUCUUUCACUUAACAUGAAAAGGACCCAUGAUCUUUUAGAGACGAAAACUGGAGGUCUAGUUAUAUGGAGAUCAGGUAGCUCAGUAGUUCUAUACAGGGGAAUGGCCUACAACCUUCCUUGUGUGAAGUCAUAUGCUGGAAAUAAUCAGUCUAGCAAGAGUGGUUUGCCAGACUCUGAAGAUGUUAUGCCUAAUUCCAUGAAUGAAAUAGGCGUGAAUGGUGUGGGUGAAACCACAGAAUCUUCUGUUUCCAAUGAGCAUCCAAAGGAUCCAUCUAAAGGAGAACCAUUGGACUUGAGUGAUCUGAACAGCUUGUUAGAUGAGUUAGGCCCACGGUUUGAAGAUUGGUUAGGCCGGGAGCCAUUGCCUGUUGACGCUGACUUACUUCCUCCGGUGGUACCUGGCUAUAAGACUCCAUUUAGACUGCUUCCACAUGGGGUAAGACAUUGUCUAAGUAACAAGGGAAUGACGAAAUUUCGCAGGCUUGCAAGAACAGUGCCUCCACAUUUUGCCCUAGGGAGGAAUAGAGAACUGCAGGGUCUAGCUAACGCUAUGGUGAAGCUAUGGGAGAAGAGUGCUAUAGCAAAGAUAGCCAUCAAACGUGGAGUAGAGAACACAUGUAAUGAGAGGAUGGCAGAGGAACUCAGGCAACUUACAGGGGGAACUCUACUAUCUAGAAACAAGGAAUUUAUAGUCUUCUAUAGGGGUAAUGACUUCCUACCACCUGCUGUGACAGAAGCUUUGCGAGAGAGGAGAAAUCUGAGAGAUCUGCAACAAGACGAAGAAGAACAAGCUCGAAAGCUGGCCUCAGCCUCGGAUUCUAUUGAGUUGAAAACCAAAGCAUCUAGUGGUCAACUUGUUGCUGGAACUCUUGCUGAAACCGUGGCCGCAACUGCUCGCUGGGGAAAUCAACUGACCAGUUUAGAUGUUGAAAAAAUGUUGAGAGAUUCAACUUUGUCUAGGCAUGCAUCCUUAAUUAAACACCUUCAGAACAAAUUAGCUCUUGCAAAAGGAAAGCUUAAAAAGGCUGAGAUAGCUUUGGCAGAGGUGCAGGAAAAUCUGGAACCAACAGAUCUCCCAGAUGACUUGGAAACCUUAACUGAUGAGGAAAGAUUUUUGUUUCGCAAGAUUGGUCUGAGCAUGAAACCUUACCUGCUUCUGGGGAGGCGAGGGGUUUAUGAUGGCACCAUAGAGAAUAUGCACUUACACUGGAAAUAUCGAGAAUUGGUGAAGAUAAUCGUGAAAGGAAAGAGCUUUCAGCAAGUAAAGCAUGUAGCAAUUUCUUUGGAAGCAGAGAGUGGAGGAGUGCUAGUAUCUUUGGAUAAAACUACUAAAGGCUAUGCAAUUAUUGUGUAUAGAGGGAAAAACUAUCUAUCCCCUCUUAAAAUAAGACCUAGGAAUUUAUUGUCAAGAAGACAGGCUUUGGCUCGAUCAAUUGAACUACAGAGGCGUGAGGCAUUGCAGCAUCAUAUAUCAGACUUACAGGAGAGAAUCGACUUGCUAAAAUCUGAACUAGAGGAAUCAAGAAGCAGGAAAAUGAUUGAUGAGGAAGGAAAUUUGCACUCAACAGAGAAUGAUUCUAAUCUUGUCAAUGAUGAUGAUGAUGAUGGUGAAGAGGCAUAUCUUGAAGUAUAUGAUAGUGGCAAUGAUGAUAACUCCGAUGGAGAUGCCUGAGAAGAAGGCAAUGGUCCUCUCUACUGCCAAUCCAAUAUGGAGAUGACAGCCAAAAAGCAUGCAUGCUAAAGGUUUGAGAUUGUGUUUUUUCAAUUUAUGUUUUAUACUGUAAUUUUUGUAGAAAGUUUAGAUGAACCUUAAUCAUGCAUCAAGUUUUUGUUAAAAAAUUUACCUAUUCUUCUCACUCCUUCAGGAAGUGGGAUUGUGAUGGUAGUGGUCUAUAAUGUUUCUAGUUUUAUAUUUAUCUAUUUUGAAGGAUGUUUUGUGUUUUAUUUCUGUUUAGUCUUCUAGGUUUUUGAAUAUGUACAGUUACAAAUGUAUUUUGUUUAAUGUAAAGAGCCCCUUAAACUUUUAUUA